GCGACCGAGAGCGCAGCUCGUGCGCGCAUCUGUACCGAGAUUUAACCAUCAGAACCACCAAACCGGAUCGUCUCUGGCUUUUCGGAGGGAAAACUCAGAAAGGGGGGGAAACAGCUUUCCACAUCGCGCGCACACACCACUGCGAAAAGAAGGCCAUGCCGUUUGGCUGUUUAACGCUCGGAGAGAAGAAGGACUACAACAGUCCGACGGAUAUCACCGACAGAUAUGAUCUCGGCCAGAUUGUUAAAUCGGAAGAGUUCUGCGAGAUCUUUCGUGCCAAGGACAAGACAACGUCGAAAAUGUACACCUGUAAAAAGUUCCUGAAGAAGGACGGGAGGAAAGUGCGCAAGGCUGCGAAGAACGAGAUUUUCAUUCUGAAGAUGGUGAAGCAUCCUAACAUUCUCCAGCUGGUGGACGUCUAUGAGACCAGAAAAGAAUAUUUUCUCUUCUUGGAGCUAGCGACAGGUAGAGAGGUGUUCGACUGGAUCCUGGACCAGGGCUAUUACUCUGAGAAAGACACCAGCAAUGUGGUCCGGCAGGUGUUGGAAGCGGUGGCAUACCUGCACACCCUCAAUAUAGUCCACCGCAACCUGAAGUUGGAGAAUCUGGUUUAUUACAACCGUCUAAAGCACUCUAAAAUUGUUAUCAGUGAUUUCCACCUGGCCAAGCUUGAGAACGGGCUUAUUAAAGAACCAUGCGGGACUCCAGAGUACCUGGCUCCAGAAGUUGUCGGGAGACAGAGAUAUGGUCGACCCGUGGACUGCUGGGCUCUUGGAGUGAUUAUGUACAUUCUACUUUCUGGCAAUCCUCCUUUCUACGACGAAGCAGACGAUGAUGAUUAUGAGAACCAUGACAAGAACCUGUUCCGUAAAAUUCUGGCAGGAGAUUACGAGUUUGAUUCGCCAUACUGGGACGAAAUCUCAGACUCAGCUAAAAGUUUAGUAGCACGUCUCAUGGAGGUCGACCAGGACCAGAGGCUCACAGCGCAGGAAGCCAUCAACCAUGAGUGGAUAUCUGGAAAUGGUGCCUCAGAUAAAAACAUCAAGGACAACGUGUGCGCACAGAUGGAGAAGAAUUUUGCAAGAGCCAAGUGGAAGAAAGCCGUGCGAGUCACGACCAUCAUGAAAAGGCUGAGAGCUCCGGAGCACGCCCAACCUGCAGCUCAGGCCGCUGAGGGAGCCACAAACCCUGCAGGAGGAGCGCAAGAAAAUCCCCAAGCUCCAGCUGGGUCCUCCACGUCCCCUGCAGACACAGAGCCCCCUGCUGGUCUGGAGACACCUAAUGCGGAAGCUUCUUCAUCACGGUGCAAUGGCGAAUCUCCCGCUCCCCUGCCGUUCGCCACACAGACCGGAGACGAGCAGAACGGUUAAAAAAAGUCUGUUCCUCUCUGUAGCUUUCCCACAACCCUCGCAGCAAACCCCGAGCUCUGUAAAUUAGCAUCUUAGCAUGGUCACCCUGAGCCUGCUUUGCUCUCACGGUAACAUUAGCAGUGCCGGCGUCGUCUCGCAGAGCCUUGUCACAGUCUUUUCCUGAGCUUCGUCUUUUAUCGUUACGACGGAUGUAUUUGCUAAUCCUACAAGCCAUACUGUCACAGUUACAUAUGCUAGAAAAAAAACUAAUCAAAACAAACAAAAAAAACACCAGGAUUUGCUUUGUGUUGAUUGUGUUAUACACAUAAAGACUUAGGAAAAAAGAAAAUAAAUAGAAAAGGGUACUACUUUGCCACAUUUGGGAACUUUUAUGGGAAUUUUUAUUAAAGUAACAAACUCUUUGAUGUACGCCUUAUAAUAUUUGUCGCUACUCAGAGGUGCCAACAUGAGUCUGAGUUAUUAGUAAAGCUGUAGUAUUUACAAUUUGUGACUCCGCCAAUUUAGAAAAAAAAAAAGCUUUUUCGCAUGUUGCAAAUAAAUUCCCAUAGCUAGAAGAAUAAGGUUGUAAACAACAAAAGAGAAAAGGACGGAUUUGCUUCUGUUUAAACUUAAUACAUUUCAGGACCCUGAUCUCUUUAUUUCUUUAAAAUAAAUGAGGAGCUUUCUUAUAUCAAAUUGAAUUGAACCUAUCAAACUAUUGUCUCGCAUCUUUGCAGCAUAUGUUGGCACCCCUGGGUACAACGUCGGUUCUGUGCUCAGGAAAGCACGCCGUGGCUUGUUAGCGAUUGUAAAAUUCCUGUAAAUACUAAACUCCAGAGAGACGUAGCCAAAAACAGCAUGCGUUUUACGAUUAUUGUUUAUUUCAUACCGGUCCUGCCAACCUGUGUUUGUCGACAGAGAUGUCUGACUAUCGGGCCUUACACAGAGAGUUUUGUCCGCCGUUUUCUAUGUCAUAUUAACAUAUUGAAAUAUUAAACAUUACGUAACAGGAGAUUCGGAUGAAAAAUGUACCACGUGCACGCUAUACUUAAGCGAUUUAGGUUGCAGGUUGUUUAAUAAAAGUUAACGGAUUUGACACGUCACUCAAAUAAGAUGUGAAGCUUCAGUGGCUCGACGAAUGAAAACACAGCAUUUACAAAUCCGUUGUUACGCUACUGUAUAAGGAAAUGAUUUUAUUCCGUUAUUGGCGUUGUAAGAUAAUUAGUCGUUUGUUUUUGCAUUAACCAUGCUCUGCUAAUAAUACGAGUUAAAUUACAAAAGAGUUUGUUAGUUACAUUUUUAACCAUUCGAUGUUUUAGCUGCUAUGCAUUCGAGGUCAGCGGUUUAAUAUUGCGUUAAACCAAAUGCGACAUCAAACACACAACUUCAUUAAAGUAUUCAUAAUACGAGACCAAAUGUUUUACCCAAGACAUGAUUGGUUGCUUAUGCUUGCUUUAUGAGCUACAAAGCUAACUUCUAAAACUCAAUCUUAUUUUUUUCAAACUUGCUUUUUAAAAUAACAAUUUUGUCACAUAGCAGCUCCACAUUUGGACAAAAAAUAAUAAUUCUGAUGGUCCAAACUGACCAACUAAAUAUUGUUCCAGUGUUCAGCUACAUGCUGAAGUUUUGCCCAUGUUUAUAAAUCAUAUAAAAUCCUAAACCUAGUCAAGAACAGUCUGAUUGGGUUGGUUAACGUCAGCGAUGUAGCCAGUAGCUCCAUAAAUGUCUUGACACAGUAUUUACACAAUGUUUGAGAAUUUUACUUACUUAUUAAUUUAUUUACUGUACAUCCUUAUUUACUUAUUUAUUAAAAACAAUUCCCCAUAUCCCGUAACUUAUGCUUAGGAUGUUCGCGAGUUAUUAUUCCUUUCCUGUCUACACUCCCAAACGCUAACACUUACAGUACAAACCUAUAGUAUUUUAUAAAUGGUUGCAUAAAAUAACAUAUAUGUGUGUAAGUCUGCGGUGAAACCUGUUGUAAACCUACAGAUACGCAUUGAUCCAUGGUAUAGUAUUAAGUUCUACUUUUUUUAACAUAUGUUUAAGAUAAUUUACCAGUAUAUAUUUAGGCAUUUCCAUGCAUUUUAGCAUGAAGUACACAGGGAAACUCGGUUUCCUGCUCGGUUCCCUGCUCGGGUUCAGCCGGCGAGACUGGGGAGUUGGAUAUGUGUUUGUGUGCGGUGAAGUGACAGUGAGUCACAGUGAGAGUGUGUUCAGCAUAAACCAGAGCAAUAGUCGACCUACUGCGAUACUGUGACUCGUGUUCCUGCUGUUCGCUCUUGCGCUAAAUGUGCUCAUGUUAGUCUCAGAAUACCGGGAGGUUCGGCAUUCCCCGCGUUCUAGUAAUGUUUUAGCGAGCCCUCAUCAACCCAUUGGACACGGAGUUACAUUGAUACAGUACAUCGACACCAUUGGAGUCGAAACCUAUGCUACGUUAAGACAAGCAAGUGUUACUCGUGUCAGCGUGCAGCAACUGCUACUAUCACUGCUUGUGGGUGUGGCCUGUCCAGCACUUUGAUUACGAUCCAAUAAAGUGCUGUAGGAGCUACAAAUAGCUGUUAAACUGCCUAAAUACAGUUGAUAGUUUAAAUACUUAAAUUGCCUUCUGUUUGUCAAGUGCUAGCGUGAAUGCAGCGUGGCCUCAGCUCUGUAGAUUGUAUGUAGAUUUCCUUGCAAUCCAAUUUCCAACAGGAAACAAAAAGAAGCAAUAAAGUAUCUGUAAUGUCAAGAAAUGCAAGCUAAUAUUUAAUGUGCUGAUUAUUAUGUAGCCAACCUACCAGUAAAUGGAGCUUUAUUGCUUUAGCCUGCUAGUUUAUUAGCAUGCCUGGUAGUUAGCUAGCUAGUAAAGCUAGGUACAAAAUAAACGGGUCAUACCUAUGGCCAAAGAACACUUUCAGUAUUGCCGUGUGUCCACGCUAACUCUGCUACAUGCUCGCGCUUUUGACAUAGCUGAUGUCUCGACUCGAUGAGGGCACGCUGGAGACAGUUCUGGAAGGUAGGGCGUGGCUUAAAAUCGUAUAUCUGUCACCUGAACUUCCUGUGUUGUCACGUUAGUGAAUGUUAAGUGCCCUGGGUGCUUGUGCUGGCUAGCAGAAUUACUGUACUGUAGCUAAUAUAAUUUACAAUUGAUGCUAACAGUCAGCUCUGAACAACCGUUUCCACUAACAGAUUACACACACGGGUUUGAUUUAAACUUAUAUGGUGUCACUUAUUCCAUCCAUACUUAUUAUCUUAUAAAGUUAAUCUGCAACAAUCAAAACCUUCCUGCUAAUAAAUUUUUUUAAAGUCAGAGACUGCUAAAUGGGCUAAAGCGUAGCGAAGCCUCUAACUGACGCAGUGUGUUUCUUUAGAAUUUAAUUGGCAGAUUUUUUUUUAAAUAUCCCCAAUUUGACAAUUUCUCCAUAAAAACUAUUUAAAAAACAGUGUUUCUAAGAACUAGCUAGCUAAAUAUGUUCGCCAUCUCCAAGCACUCGGGUCCUUUUCAGGCUAGCAUAGCAGCUAGGUGAACAGAAACGUAGCAAAAUGAACAGAAGAGGCUUUAGAGUUUGUGUUUUUAAAGGCCGUAUUUAUGGAUUCCAUUGAGAAAGUGUGUGUUCGUGCUGAAAUCAUGUAUUUUACAUCCAUUUUAACACAAAAAGGGAACUAUGUGUAUAUAUAUAUUUAUAUCAGUGGUGCGUUUGUUUACUGUUCAUGAGUUAAUUCAAUUAAUUUGUCUUCAUAUAUCUUUCAUGUUGUAUAUUAUUUGAAAUGUUAUCAAACUAAUAAAUGACUUGUUUUCUUUCUCUUUUUUCUGAAAGCGAUAACCAGGAGGGUUUAGGGUAAAACCUUUUCAUGUUACGUGUUGGGUCAAAUUUUUACAAAAUACAUUUACACACUUAGACCGUAAUAAAAUACUGUGUUAAUAUGACUCAAAGCAAUGCUUUUUUUAGCGCAGAACAUUUGCAUCAUUAAGUGUUCGUUGUUGAGUUGUUGAUUUUUUUCUUGUUGUAGUCGAUACUGUGGUUGUUACUGGGCGUACCCUCUCUCUCUCUCUCUCCCUCUCUCUCUCUCUCAUCUUUAUCCUCCGGAUCCUUCUCAGUGCAACCGUUUGAUGGUAAUAAAUUUAAAAUAAUCACAACAAUGCUAAA